AUGUACCGUGGCGUCGACCUGGACGCCACGGUGGACACUGACCUCCUCCUGUCACCGCUCAAGACCAACAGUAGAGACGGACCGAUCGUGAAAGACAAGAAAAUGCAAGUCAUCCUGCUGAUCGCUGUCAUGUGCAGCUGUGCUGUGGGAGACGAGGAUUUACACAACGGACACCCCUGUCAGCCGACCAAUAAGCCACAAGCUUUCAAGAAAUUUGAAAAAAAUCACAUCCUUCCAGAAAACUUUGAUACUAAUUCAAAAUCUGAAUGGGAGAGCCAUAUACAAAGCUUGGAUCGCUGCGGAAAACCAACUCAGACCUUCUUUGAGCACUCAAACAGGGAUCUUGUUGUAAAAAUCUGCAACGGCAACGGCUGGAACCAGCAGGACAACUUGUGCACGAGUAAAAUAACACUGCCGGUGUAUGUGGUGAAAGUGACAAAAAAAAAAUGCAGAGUUAAAACGACCCCGAGGAAAACAGAACAAAAUGUGACCGUGGCUUGUGACAAAGUCGGCAACAGGUGCCUUCCUGUUCAUUAUGAGCCGAAACCCCAAACCAAUAAACAGCCCAAAGUUACCUGCUCUCCUGCUGCUCCGGAUUAUUGGUCUGACAAGCAAUUUAAUAUCUCAAUCUGGAUUGACUGAGAGGUGAUUAGAAACACUUCAGAAAUGCUUCUGUUCCACUCAGACCAUUUAACCUGCUCCAGCAACCGUGUAGAAAAAAAAUCUUCACGUAAUGUUUUUUUCUGCAUCAUAUUUGA